UCGUGAGCUUCAACGAGUGUCAACGAUGAAAUGAGUGUCAACGAAGAUUUGCAUCACACUUUCCCUUUGUGCCGUCAAUUCCUGCGAUUAGUAGGCGUAUGGCCUGAUCCAGACGCCCUUUUGAGUGACUUUCGUCGGUCGAAGAUAAGAUUCAUAAUUACAGUGUUUAUCAUGAGUAUUUAUGUGUGUGUACCGCAAUUCAUGAAUGUGAUACGUUCUUGGGGUAACAUGGAUUUAGUGAUGCAACACAUCGCCAGCGCUAAUUACAGCUUUUUGGCAUGUUGCAAGCUAGUUGUCGCUCGAUAUUACAAUGAAACGCUUCGUACGCUGGUAACAUCGAUCACGGCCGACUGGGCGACUUCGAAGGAAACUUGGCAACGAAAUACGAUGUUGAAGAUUGCGAGGCGCGGGAGAAGCCUAUCUCUCAGAUGUUACAUGAGUUGUACGAUCACAGUCAUGUUUUACGUAAUCUUCAACCUCAUAAAGUUCCAUCGAACCUUACAUCAGCCUGAACGGAAGCUUAUCUAUCAAUUCGCUUAUCCCUAUGACUAUGAGAAAAGUCCAAACUACGAAAUUACCUUUUUCAUACAAAUGUCUGGCGGCGCCUUUACGGCCAUUGUGAAUUCCAGUGUUGACAGCUUCGUCUCGAUUCUCGUAUUGCACGUGUGCGCACAGCUGAUUAAUUUACGAACAACGCUCAACGAAACGAUCAAUAGAUUAGCUGAAAAAUCUAUAUCUUCUUCGAAGUUUCGAAGAAGCCUGAUCGCGAUCGUCGUACGGCACGAGCAUCUCAUCAGGAACGUUGAAAGGAUCAAUGACUGCUACAGCACGGUAUUAUUUAUACAUAUGAUAGCUGCUACUUUUCAAUUAUGCUUUGAAACUUUUCAGAUAUUCACGAUAAUUACGGAUAAAAGCGCGAACGUCUCUAUCAUAAAAAUGGCUUUUCUCGUGUUUUAUGUCACAGUUGUUUUGACGCACUUAUAUUUUUACUGCUACUCAGCUGAAACACUCUUGGCGGAGAGUACCAAUAUGGCAUACGGCGUGUACGAAUGCAAAUGGUACGACAUACCAUCGAGAGACGCGAAGGAUUUGAUGUUCAUCGCGCAUCGAUCUAAAAUUCCGCUUAAACUGACAAUUGGGAAAUUCAGUACUUUUUCAUUAGAGAUGUUUGGAACUACGGUGAAAUCGUCAAUGGGAUACCUAUCUGCGUUUCUGUCAAUGAGCGAUUAGAGAGCGAUUAGAGAGAAUAAUGAUAAUAACGUAAUAAUUCGACAUAAUUGACCACAUUCUUCCUACGUUAAAUGAAUAAAUUUGUUUGUAUGCACUCUUUGUUUGCUACAUGAUUUGUACUGACAAUACGACUCCUUUCUGUUCCAGUAUAAAUUGUCUAUCCUUAAAAAAACGCAAGACUAUUUAAUUCUUUUCUUCUCGCCUUACCGUUGAAACAAGUUGACUCGGAAGGAUAAUAUUUGAUAUUAAUGAACGAGUAUCUUUAUCGAGUGAACGUUUUACUUACAUUCGAAGAACGAGCUCGGCGAGUUCGCAACAACUGGCUUAACGUAUGACGAUUGCAUGCCAUGCAUCGAUUAUUAUCCGAAGAGGUUUACAAAGGUACUCACAGAUGGUAGCCAUUGUAAAUCCUGUUAGUACUGAGCAAGCGCAAAAUCACGGCUGUUUGACAUGAUCGCAAGUAGCGACUCAGUCAAACAAUAAUUCCCCUUUCGUGAGUUUCAAUGAAUGUCAAGGAAGGUAGAAUAAGUCUCUUUAAAACUAAAAAGCGAGGAAGUUGUUUACCGUGACGUACCGUUAAAAUUACAUAAUAGUGCCGCGAAAUUCUUAUACGAUGCAAAGCAAUGCAGUUUACACGACAUCACGGAGUGUAUUAUAUAUGUAACGGA